AUGUCAGGAAAAGGAAAAGAAACUAUUGAAGCUGUGGACGACAUUAUUUUGGUGGAGUCCGAUAAUGAGAAUGUUACGGACAAUAUGAAAUUACAGGGUGAUGUAAUGUUAGGCGGAGAUGGUGCGAUUGUGCCUGAGGUAGGCAUGAAGUUCAAAGAUGAGAAUGAGAUAUUCGAAUUUUACAAAAAAUAUGCAUAUGGUGUCGGUUUUCCAGUUAGAAAAAGGAAUUCUGGAAAGGAUGAUAAUGGAGUUUUAAGAUAUGUUACAUUUGUUUGUAGCCAAGAAGGGAAAAGAUUUAGUAAUACAAGUGGUUGUUUGAAGCCACAAGCAACCAUUCAGAGUGGAUGCAAUGCCCGGUUGACUGCAUGUUCAGAUAUGUGUGGGAUUUGGAGAAUUAAUACAGUACAUCUCGACCACAACCAUAAAAUUAGUCCUUCAAAGUCUAGGCUAUAUAGAUGCAAUAGAGAAUUGAGUGCUCAUGUUAAACGACGACUUGAAGUAAAUGAUAUGGCAGGAAUUUUAUUGCACAAAAGUUACAACUCUGCAGUUGUUGAAGCAGGAGGAUAUGAGAAUAUGACUUGUGUGGAAAAGGAUUGUCGGAACUAUGUUGAAAAGACAAGGCGAUUAAGACUUGGAGAAGGAGACGCAACAGCAAUACAAUCGUACUUCUCGAAUAUGCAAGCACAGGGCUCAGGAUUUUACUUUAAUAUAGAUCUAGACGAAGAAUGUCGGUUGAAGAAUAUUUUUUGGGCAGAUAAUAGGAGUAGGCAAGCAUAUAAGGAGUUCGGUGAUGUUGUUACCUUUGACACUACAUAUCUUACUAAUAAAUAUGACAUGCCUUUUGCUCCUUUUGUUGGGGUGAAUCAUCAUGGACAAUCAAUACUUCUUGGAUGUGGUUUGGUGUCAAACGAGGAUACAAAUACAUUUGUCUGGCUCUUUAGGACAUGGUUGCAGUGCAUGCACGGUCAAGCUCCAAAUGGGAUAAUUACUGAUCAAGACAGGGCAAUGCAAAAUACAAUUCAGAUAGUAUUUCCCAAUACGAAACAUAGAUGGUGUCUGUGGCACAUAUUGAAAAAGUUGCCAGAAAAGUUUGGAUACCACGAGGACAAAGAUUCAAUUUUUUCUACUAUACACGGAUUGGUGUAUGAUUCUCAAGUUGUUGAAGAUUUUGAACAGGGUUGGAGAGUGAUGAUUGAAUCAUAUAAUUUGCAUGAUAAUGAAUGGUUGUCUGGAUUGUACGAGAAUAGAGAUCGUUGGGUUCCUUGCUACCUGAAGACUACUUUUUGGGCGGGCAUGUCAACAACUCAACGAAGUGAGAGUAUGAAUGCAUUUUUUGAUGGGUAUGUACAUUCAAAAACCUCAUUGAAGCAAUUUGUUGAACAAUACGAACGAGCAUUGAGAAGUAAGGUCGAGAAAGAGUUCCAAGCAGAUUUCAAGUCUUUCUCGCAAAUGGUACCGUGUGCAACAAGGUAUAAGAUGGAGAAGCAAUUCCAGAGAGUUUACACUAUUACAAAAUUUAAGGAAGUGCAAGAUGAGUUCACUGGUAAGGUUUAUUGUGACCUGAUAUCUUCUUCUGAUGGAUGUUUCGGGACGACGUAUGAGGUACUCGAGGAUAUCAUAUAUGACGAGCGUACUAAGAAAAAAAUAUUUUCCGUCUCAUUUCAUCGAGAAAAUUGUGAAAUCAUUUGCAGUUGCCACUUAUUUGAGUUUCGAGGAAUACUUUGCAAGCAUGCAAUCGCAGUAUUGAUUCGUAAUAAUGUCCAAUCACUGCCGGAUUGUUAUAUAUUACGGAGAUGGCGGAGAGACGUGAGUAGAGCCUAUACAAGGGUCGUAGUGAACUACAAUGGGUUGGUUAGUACUCCUGAACAGUUGAGGUAUGAUAAAAUGUGUCAAUCAUUUGCCUCAUUAGCAAACAUGGUUGCGGAUGAUGAAGUUGAGUCUGGUGCUAUAGUGGAGUGGAUCGAAGAUCAGUGUAAAAAGCGAUUGAUGUCGAGUAAUGUCCUAUCCCCGCAUAUUACUCUAAUAGAUUCUGAGUGUGGAACAUCACAGGGGAGUGGUAACAGCAACAUACGGGAUCCUGUAUGUGCGAAUCGAAAGGGCCCACCUAAGAAAUUGCGUAAUAAGAGCGCAUUGGAAUCGAGUUCAAAUAAAGGGAAGGGUGGUUCGAAAUCAAUGAAAGAAAAGGGGGCAAAGGCACGGCCCAGUAAUCUAAGGGACAGUGAACCCAUCAUUCAUGCAACUCAACAAUCACAACAUUCCAUGCCGAUACCGUUAUCGUAUUCUCAACUCCUAACGGGAUUUGCAAAAUCUGUGUAUAGCUUAGGCAGUAUUACGAGGCGUGUUCCUCACACAAUUGAGGGGAUGCCUACAAAAACUGCAUGA